ACAUGAUUAUUCUUGAUUUGGUUCUGUUGAAAUGACAUACUGAUCGUUUCGAGUUAAUUUGACAAUUUUUGAGUUCUUGUUUUGACUCAGAAUCUCAAACAAAAUGAGCAAAAUCAAUUGGUCUGACUGUUGUAUCUGUCUUGAGCCGCUACAAAACCCGAAAAGUCUCCAUUGCGGACACUCAUUUUGUUCGACGCCGAAGACGUGUAUAGAACGAGUGCUAUCUAGCACACCUAGACGCUGUGCUAGGUGCAGAAAGCCGAUAGACGAAGCCAUUCGCGAUGAAGCCGAUUUAUCUGUGAACUACGACUUAAAGUCUGCAAUUGAGGAUUUGAAACCGACGGCAACAUUGAUGGAGAGGCGAACAAGUAUUCAAAAUGUCUGCUUAAUCCACAAGAAACCCCUGAAGUUUUUCUGCAACAACCUCGGUUGUUUUAGAGAAAUUUGCGAAGACUGCUGGAUAGAUGAUCAUGUCGGUCAUCAAGUUGUUCCGUUGAAAACCGUCCUGAGCAAACAAUUUGAAGACCUAGAAAGCAAUUGGAAAAAUAUAGAGGAAUGUCAAGAUAAGAGCAGAAACUUGGUCACCGAAUCUGUCAACCUCAAUGAAGAUACACUGUCUCUAAUGGAACAAAUAGACCAGUUAGUAACAUCUAAAAAGGAUUUGCGCAAAUGUGAAAACACUGAAGACUUUAAAAUGUUCAAGCAAAAUACUUUGGAAGAGUUGGAAAAGCAUGAACAAUUAAUUGGGCGGAUUGAAGAUAGAGCUUGUUCAAUAAUUGCGUCAAGCAAACAAGUGAAAAGUUGUCUCAAAACUGCAAAGGAUUAUUUCCUCGAGGACACAGCGUGCGGUAGUUUUCAACUGAUUGAAAAUGUAGAUCAAACUCGACGAGAAUGGAAAGAUAUGCGAAUUUUAAACACCUUCAGCAACGUUGGCCGUGUUGACUUUUCUGUUUUUUGUCCCGUGAAUCAGAAAUUGUUUGUCCUAAGUGAACAAAUCAUCAAAGUAUUCAGAAUCAACCACAACUCGAUUCAAAAGGAAACGGAAUUUAGAAUACAAGCCGCAGAGAUUAUUGGAGGACUGGCCUUGAGUGGAAGUGGCACUCUGUAUGUCUAUUACGUUAGAGAUAGAAAGAGAUUAGUGAGUGUGGUUAACAGAGAAACUGGGAUAGUAGUGAGAAAUAUAACUAAUUCAAAAGCAGAUUUUUCUUUGCUCAUGAAAAUUCACGCUCAUGAAAACAUGUUAUUACUGGUUGUGUGGCAAUCAGGUCGGUACAAAUGUGUGCAUGUGUACGAAAAUGAAAUUCACAAAAGAACUCUUCAGCUUGUAGUUGCAAGUGAUAACAACUUCAGUUUUUUGUGUGGAACAGAAUAUUUGUUACUGGGGAUAAGUGGAAACAAAAUAGCAAUAGUUGACCUCAGCCAGUCUGGAUCUAGAGCCAAGUUCGAAUCAAUUCAGUUGGGUCAAAUGGCAUUUUUCAAUAGACUAUUCUGGAUAGCGAGAGAUGACGAAAAAAGUGGGCAAGGAUAUUUAUUUACUAGUGACAGUUACGAAGAUCAUUUAUCCAAUAGGUCUUAUGUUUAUGAAAUGAACUUGAAGAAUGUGGUGAAUGGGACUACAUUACUCCCAAUGCAGAUCCCGUUUAUGAGUUGUUACGGCAACAAAAACAUUUUAUUCGAAUGCGCUUUAGGAACAGAUCUUAUUUUUUGCAUGUGCGGAAAAAACGUUUUCGCGGAAAAAACAUUUAUGGUGAAACUAUUAGCAAACCUAUGAAAAAAGCGAUUAUAAUAGUCCUAUUCUGCAACAAUUACAAUAUUUUAGUUUCUACAGUAAAUAUCUUCAAAUUGAUUAUAAUCGAUUAUAAAUAUCAUGUUUUUAGAAA